AAGUGAACGCGAAACGGCCUUGUGGUAGAGGAUUACUGAGGAAUGUCAAACUUCCUGCACACACAAAGGUUGCAGUCAAACAACGCAAGGCAAAUCAUAUUACCGUUGUGUGCGAUAAAGGAUAUUACUUUAGCAAAGGAGAAAAUACAAGGCAUUUAUCUUGUAGGAUUUUAAGGACGUUACGAAAUAAUCAAAUUCCUCAUUGCAAAGGUACGUGGAUAUUCUUUGGAUCGAAUGCUGUCAGUCUAGAAAAAAUAUGCCAAAUAUUGACUGUUUUUCAGUAUGCAUUCCAAGGUUGCAUGAAUGUCUUUAAGACUUUCUAAUGUCGAACUUUUUUAGUCUACAUUUAAUAAAUCACGCAAAUCCUUUGUGAGCAAAUUGGGUGACGGAAAGUGCGGUUUCUGAAGGUAAUUAAGGGCCCCCAGAAAAAGUGGCGAAACAACAUCAGAGUGAGAGUAAGGGCCCUCACCGUUAUGGACCUUGAAUUUCGUGUGCGAACCGGGCUUCCCCGUGGUAAAGUGACCGAGAGAUGCGAAGGUCAGGACGAGGGUAUAAGGGUCCCAGGACCCCCCGCCGUUAUGGACCUUGCUCCCUUUGCCAGUGUGUGCUUCACCGUGGAUGAAGUGGGGCCGAGUGGACAUCACUUUCCGCCCCGCUUUCUUUAUUUGUUUUUCAAAUAGGUCGAUUGAAAUUUACAACUUUGCUUUAAAAUACAAAGAUUUGUUGUUGACUACAUCAAAUUACAAUAUAUAGUUAUUAAUUAAUUAAUCUAUCAGUUGGCCCUUGCCUACCGUAUUUACUCGCUUGAGCGCCGCGGCGCUCUUUAAAUUUUCAGCGCAGGGCGCUGAUAUAUAGGGCGGCGCAACGCCAGUGAUUUCGCCGAUCGACGUGUGAUGCGGGGCCUGGUAAGCAAUUUCCUGCACUACACGGUCAGCGGUAGUCAAUCUUAAUCUAACAUUGCUCUAUGUCUUAGCAUUGUUAGCAACCUGCAUAUAGCAACAACACUGCAAUAAAAACAAAUUUUAAAAGUUGUGAAAUUAACUUCGUUUCACCCAAUUUUUAACGUUGUUUCAACUGACUAAGUUGUCUCUAGCUUUUUUAUUAUCAUUAUCAAACAUGAAUUAAACAACAACAACAAAUAAAACGAACGAAAUUUUAUUUUAAUAUCAUGUUAUAUAGUUUAAUAUACAGUUUUUAGUCGAUCAUAUUAUUGCCGAUCUGAAUUUUUGAACGUCUUUUCACUAUAAACCAGUAUAGCCUUGACUUACUAGAGGACUUAGCACUAGAGUAUAGCCUAGAUUUUUACAUCAGAUAAUUAAACAUUUUUUUCCAACACAGUUUAAUCUUGCAGCCUUGUUCAUCAGCACAUCUUAUUGUCUAAAACACAAACAUUCAUGGAAAACCAUGAGUAAAAAUAUACAAUACCCAAAUCUAUUCUAUACUAUCAGUGUUAUUAUAAUUAUAUAGUAUACAAUAACUCUAACACUCUCGAAGUUUUCGAUAAAAUAAAUUGAUUUUGAAGUUUUUGUUUUAAAAUAUAAGAUUUUCCAAAUUUUUCGGUUAAAACUGCUGACAACAUUUUCGCUGCAAAAGACUUUUGAAAGUGCGAAAGCAAUGUAUAUGAUCGGCUUUUGCUCAAUGUUCGAUAGAAGAAACAUCGACCUUCGAUCGAGUACCCCUGAUUACAAGUUAGAUAGAGGGCAAGAAUCCAUCUCAAACUAUUUUAUUUCAACGAAUAUCGAACACAAUACUUGUCGCCUAGCAUCCGAAGAAGAACUACGAUGUUGGCAGAAUUUUAACCUGUAAAGCGCCCAGCAUAUAUAUAUAUAUAUAUAUAUAUAUAUAUAUAUAUAUAUAUAUAUAUAUAUAUAUAUAUAUAUAUAUAUAUAUAUAUAUAUAUAUAACUACAGACGGUACCGUUUCGGCCUUAUGGACCUCAUCAGUGUAGUGCUAAUGAGCAGGAUGAAAGUAACUGCUAUUUACAGUUACCUUUGAUACCUCACGAUUGUGGGACAAUGCGUAAGCGGCAUGGCUCAUCCUGUAGAGCGCUCAAUAUGAUCUGAAGGCCAUAGAGCGAUAUAUAUAUAUAUAUAUAUAUAUAUAUAUAUUUUGUUGGUUAUAAAAACUUUUGACAAAGUGCUCAAUGGAAAACCAGAGCAUGUUUAAAUUAAGGUACAACAAAUCAACAAAAUCCACUGGGCAUCUUUAUUACUAAAUAGUUUCGUACCAUGCACUCUUCAGAUAAAUUGACCUAAUCAUAUGGACACGUAUUCUUAUAAGAAUACAUGUCCUCUCAACAAGAAAUGCUUAACAAACGGCAUUGUCUACCAUGCAAAGAUCGCAGCAGAGGACAACGGGGAAACAAGGCAUUAUAUAGGAAUUACGGCUACAACUUUCAAGGAGCGUUUUAGGAAACACCAGAAAUCGUUAAACAUCGAUACGUAUGCUAAUGACACUGAAUUGUCGAAGUACAUAUAGAGUUUGAAGAAAAGCAAUCGCCCAUACAAAAUUAAAUGGACCAUCCUAAGUGCAGUCAGAUCGGUACGUACAUCGAAAACGAUUUCUGGCGGGAAAAUACAUUCGCGUGCAAUGCAACAACGUGCGCCAUCAUACACGACGGAAGAACGCGCAAGCACGCACGCGCAUGCAAACAAAACUAAACGGUUAAAUUUAGUUAUGUGUGUGUUUGUGUAUUAGGGAGCUUUAGAUUUGACUACGAGUACGACUACCGCUACGAGAUCUGACCGUAAGAGGUCUGGGUCUAGAAUUACGUUGUCGUAGCCGUAGUAAAACGGUUUGUUGUUUAGAUGACAACAACAACUACGAGUACAACUGUCACGACAACUCGACUUCUCGUGACAGUCGAUUUGUCUUGACAAUUGUACUUGUACAGUUACAUUUUGCCAAAAUGUAUUGCAAUCAGUCCAUUUUUGAAGCAGCUGCAUUGCUAUUCAUUCAAGAAUGCAUUAGCGAAGAGGAACUCCUUGUUAUUUAUGAACUAACAAGGCGCAAGUCACCGGAAUUUCCAUACUGGCAAUAUGAGCAUAUCGAUGUUCAAUUGCAGAAUAUGAACGACGAUGAAUGCCUUGCAGAGUUCAGGGUAAAUCUAUCGGAAUUGAAAGCGUUAGCAGAAGCGUUGAGCAUUCCUGAACACUUUACUUGCCCUAAUGUAACAGUGGCUACUGGUAUUGAAGGAUUGUGCGUGGUUUUAAGGCGUUUUCCUACCCUUGUCGGUGAGCUAAGCAUAAUAGCCUCAGAAGUAACUGAUUUCAUGUACGAAAACCACGGUCAUCUUUUGCGAACAUUUAAUCAACAAUGGCUGGAACCAGAUCGCCUUGUAUAGAGUUUGCAAAUGCUAUCCACAAUCACGGUGCAGCAUUGACAAACUGCUGGGGUUUUGUUGACGGAACUGUAAGACCAAUUGCUCGCCCAGAUCAGCAUCAGCGAACUGUUUACAACGGACAUAAACGGGUUCAUGCGAUAAAAUUUCAGUCUGUUGUUCCACAUAAUGGGCUUAUUACAAAUCUUUACGGACCA